AUGAUGAAAUUUACUAAACAGAAUUUUAUUUUUUUAGUUGGUGGAAUGAUAAUUUAUGUAGUUGAUAUUGGAGUAGACUUCUGGGUAGCUAGUAAAUAUUUCUGUCAAGGACAAUAUUCUUGGAGUAUAUUGAUGCUGUGUUUUAGAGGUCUUUCAUCAUUAAUAACUCAGAUAUUCAGUUAUGAGUGGUUUAAAAAUGACUGGGAAGGUACCAAUACUAGGAAGCUGAAAUGGAUUUUUCUAGUUCAUCUCUUUCAGUGUGGAAUUUUUAUAAGGUAUUGGUUUGCUUUGAAGUAUGGCUGCCAAGCUGCAUUUAAACCAAAUAGCAGUGGAGAUGCAUCAGAAACAGACCCUCCCAACUUCAUUCAAAAACAAGCCGUUGAUGUAGUGACUGAUAUUAACAUGCUCAGGGUGUUCAAGACUUUUCUUGAGACCACACCACAGCUUUUUGUCCAAAUUUACAUCGUCAUGGAACAUGGCAAAGAUAAUAUCUGUCAAUAUGCUGCCAUUAUUAUGUCAUUUUGUGGUAUCUCCAUUUCAACGGUUGAUUAUCAGGUAUCAUUACGAAAAUCCCUGCCUGAUAAAGAUGAAUUUCCUGUGCUUCCCAAGUUAGUGUACCUUUUCUAUAAGCUGCUUACCAUCACUUCUUGGAUACUCAGUAUUUCACUGAUCACUCGACUAAGUGUUAAAAGUUCUGUAAUUCUGCUGACAUUUCUUUGGAUCUGUGGCUUCACCUGGACUUUGAAACAACAUACAGCAUUUUGCAAAUCUAAGAAGAUGGAAUAUCUGUACAGAACUGUUGUUGGAAUCAUUCUAAUUUUUACCUUUUUUAACAUAAAGGGGAGAAAAACAAAAGUUUCCAUUUCUAUUUAUUAUGCUACUCAUACUGUUGUAACUCUAGGUAUUUUGUUUGUAUAUAUGUUUUGGAAACCUUCCAUUAUUAAGGACAUACAUUUUACAAUUGUGAGCAUCCUAACUAUUGUUAGUCUGGUGUUAGGUAUUAUUUUUCUUGUUGUUUAUUAUAGGCAUUUUCAUCCCACUGCUUACUGCAAACCACAGGCAUGUUCAGAUGAAGUUGAUGGAGAGGUAGGACAAAAAGAUAGAAUGGGAAUUGAUAGAUUUCAAAAUUUCAUAAUGCAAUGA